GUCAUGUAAUGCCUACUACACCAGUAAACAGUUUAGACCUAAAUUCUGGUAGUAAUGUCAGUACGACGUAAUUUGAUGACGGCUUUUUGUGUCUGUAAGGCAUUUUAUUUACUUUAAUUUUCUUAAAAAUAUUCCGAAAUCCUCAAAACAUGGGGAAACCUGACGACAAACCAUUCAAGACCUAUGCCCCUUUUGGGAUAGCUACGAAACGGUUCGUGAAAGUUGGCUUUCACCCCUCGCUGGAUAAAUCAGGAGCUAUGAAAAAACUGAUAACUAAAGUUGGACCAGGCAGUUACAACCCCAGAAAACCAACAUGUUCGAAACAUGAAUGCAGCUGGAAAACCAAAGUUGAAUCUGAGGCAUAUUCAAAAUUUCUCGGCUUCAGAAAUGCCCACCUACUCAAAGAACGGGAGUUCUACGAAACCCUUAGAGGUCCUGGAACUAACGAUACGAAUGAAGCUCUUUUCAAACAACAACGCAGCUCUGUUCUGGAUAAUGUCGGUUUGGGUGCUGGAAAAAGAUUCACUUACCUAAAAGGGUUUGACGAAAAUAUUCCUCCACCUAAUUCCUACUUUAGGGACUUGUCCAGGACGUCAACUGUUAAGAAAAAGAGGUUUUCGAACACCCCUAUCUUUGAGUGGGACGGUAUUCAGGAUAGAUUCAAAUCUAGAGCUCCGAGGUACCAUCUAGCUGCAAAUAGAUACAAAAUCAAUGAUGGCAAGAACAUAGCUAGUAUAAUUGACAAAAUAUGUUCGAUACGGGGACCAUACGAUUUGUUUACCGGGCCUAGAGAUGAAACAACGAUCAGAAACGACUUCGGAACUUCUGGCUUCACACCGCCUGAGUUCUGGUACAUCAAGCCAUCUAGCCUGAAUUUCUUGUUAAACCAUCCUUCAAAAACCAAGUCCGGGAAAUUCUUGCACAACGUACGGUUUCCAAGAAAGCCCACAGCAAGGUCGAUGCUGAACGAUUUAAGUCUGUGUUAUAGAGAUCCCGAGGAUCCAGGCCCAGCACAUUACGAGGUAUCAUGUGUGAAAGCGAUCACAGCCUUGCCACAAGGCAUGUAUCCUUUCGAUAUGGGCAAGAGGGUCAUCAGACCUCCUGUAAAGUGGACCGUUUCACCUGGACCUGGACGGUACAAUCCAAAACUCCCGAGAUGCAUGAAGCUAAAGAGACAGUCUUGGCCAUUUCUGUCGAAAACCAAAAGAGAUAUAUACAAGAUUGAUGAAUCUUCCUGGAUUUGAUUUAUGUCGUUUUGAUAUUAGAAUAAAUCGUACCAUACAAAG